UCACAUACGGCAACUCCGCAACAAUUUUCUAUUUGGCCAGAAGACAAUUGCAGAAAGUUUUUCAACCGAAAAAGAAUUAACAACAAUAACAAUAAUUCGGAAAUUGCACAUUAAUGGAGUAAUUAAGCAUUGAAAUUCUGCACAAUUGGCAAGCGAGCAGCGCUGCAGUGAACGUUUGCGAGCAAUUUCUGCCACAGCAGCCACAACAACAGCCGCAGCAGCAGCAGCAGGAACAACAACAUUUGCAAAAAUUUCGGCCAGCUGCAUUUGUCAUCUACACUUGGCAAGCGUUAAAUUAUUAUGGACAAAAAAUCAUCGCCCGUGCGACGACAAAAGCGCCAAGCGAAAGUAAUCGAGGAGAACUUCUGGGACUGCAGCGUCUGCACGUACAGGAACUCGGCGGAGGCGUUCAAGUGUCGCAUGUGUGACGUGAGAAAAGGCACCUCGACGCGUAAACCGCGCUUAAACUCUGCGCUAGUCGCUCAGCAGGCGGCCACAUUGCCAGGCGCUAGUGGGAACAUGCCCAAUGGGAAGCCGGCGUCAAGUUCGCGACAUGGCAGCGGGCAUGAUAGGCAGCGACACAAACGUUAUCCAGCCCGUUUGAAGAACGUUGAUCGAUCGACGGCGCAAACCCGCGAGGUGACCGUCAAUUCGGUUACGGUUUUCAUCACAGAAUACAAGGCCAAGCCGGUGAGCAGUCGGCGGGAGUCGAGCGAACAGAGCUUCAGUGAGAGCAACGAUAGCCGGAGUUAGGUUCUAUUUAUAUAAGCACGCAAUUUGUGUUUUACCCCAAUUACAAAACUUUUAUUUAUCUUCAUGUAUGCAAAUAUGUAUAUGUAUAGAUAUUCGUUGUCGGCGUGCAGCCACAAUUCCUCUUCCCACACACACACACACACACACAUAUACACAAAUCCAAUGUCUUAGUGUACAACAAAAAAUUUGUAAAUUCUAAUAUUAGGCCUAAGUACAAUUGUAAAUCUAUAUAGCCUGUUCUCUAAGUUAGCAAGUAUUAAGCGAUAUUCAUGUUCUCUAUUACAAGCAGCAGCCACAGCAUCCAACGAUGAUGGUGAUGAUGAUGAUGAUGAUGAUGAUGUUAAUUAUCCAUGCAUAAGAACUUCCACUUGUAUUUGGCUUUUCAUAGCUGAUGACUGCAUUUACAAACUGAUGCUGUGGCUCGGCUGAAACAAUGUGAAAUCGAGAACCUUGUAUAUAUAGACAAAAACACAUACACAAACACAACUGUCUCGUAUUGUAAUAUUUGAUUCCUAAUUUAUUGAUUUGUAAGCGCAUCAUAUACAUACACACACACAUAUAUAUAUUUGUAUGCUCUACAAAUCUAUUGUUUAUAAGUGUCAAAUUAAAAACAAAAUAUAAUUUGAUUAAGUGCAAGUGCGAAAAUGUUCUCUAUGUAAACAACUCAACUACCCAUUGAAUGGGCAGACAAAGCGACGUCGCUCUAUAUACAUACACACACAUAUAUAUAUAUAUAGUAAUGUGAAUACCUGAUUCUCAAAUUCUCUGUACUAUAUGUAGGUUGCAGCCAGAUCGAAUAACCAAGUUCAGCGCGUCUCCAUUAAAUGGUUUGUGUUUCCAUUCAACUUGUUAUGUAUUAUUAAUCUAUACUAACAAUAACAAUAACAACAACAAGCCUAUAUUUUUUACCGCUGCAUGACAACGAAAUAAGUGAAUAAUAUUUAGUGAAUUUGCUAAUUUAAAUCAAUGAUUGUUUUUGAAUUUUGUUCUUUUUGUAUACAAGACUGAUUAAGCGAAUACCUAAAGACCAUAUACAUGCGUGCAUAUAUAGCAUGCUGUAUAUGUAUGUGUAUAACGAUAGCCCGCACCGUUUCACAGUUCAGUUGGAAUACAUAAACAAUAGUUGCAAUAAUAAUAAUAACAACAACAAUUUCUUUUUAUACCAGCCAAAGUUUACAAGCUUGGUCACACAAAUAUAUACACUCUAAUAUAUAUACAAUAUA